AUGGCCGAUUACUCGGAUCCCAACCACAAUUUCUUCAGGGAGAAUCGCUACAGUGACCCUUCCAGCAGAACAUAUUUGGGCAGGUCUAACCUGUACCACCGUUUAUUACAGGUACGGAAUGUACGACUGGUCCGAGACAGAGACACAGACAAAUUUAAAGGUUUUGCCUAUGUUGAAUUUGAUCAACUUCAGUCGUUGAAGGAGGCUCUUUCUUAUGAUGGUGCAGUUUUUGAAGAACGUUCUUUACGGGUCGACGUUGCCGAGGGCCGUCAGCGUGACAAAGGGUCUUUUGGCGGUCGUGGCCGUUCACAAGGUUCCUACUCUGGGCGUAACCGUGAGUUCUCCAGAGACACUGAGCAAUGGCAACACAGCCCACCUACGAGCUACUCCUCUGGGCCGAAGGGCUACGAGCGUUCGGAGAGAGGCCGUGGCUUUGGCGGCCCACCACGCCAGCGGCGCAACAGUGGAGGGCCCUCCCAUGACUUCCCAGAACCAACAGCAGAAUCUUCGGUUGGCAGACCACGUCUCGUGCUCCUCCCCAGAACUGUAAAAGAACCCAUAAAUACUUUUGUGCAGACCGAGAGAAAUGCUUCCAUUUUUGGUACUGGCAAACCCCGUAGUGAGGACCCUGCCGAGUACAGCGAUAAGGAGCGCCACAAAGAAAGUCAACGAAACAAUGACAGAGACUACUGAUUUGUGGGGGAGCCUUGCCUAGGUGGUUGGGGAUGCGGGCUGUUAGGUGUGUGAGUGGAACAGACGCUGGUCAUAGAGGACACCACCUACCUUGUCUGUCUGUUUGUCUUUCUAUCUAUCUGGUCAGCUCUUUAAAAGCCACACCACUAUUCCUCGGACACGUGUGUGUGUUUGUUGCGUGUGUGUGCGUGUGUAUACGUGCGUGCUGCCGUUGUUGUUGCUGUUGUUGUUGUCGUUGUGGUGGCAACAGGCAGCAGUGGCGACGGCGGCGGCGGCACCUCUCUGCCUGCUUGUCGUUACCACCACCACUACUAUUACUACUACUACUACUACUACAACUACUACUACUACUACUACUACUACUACUACCAGCGCCACCACCAUCACAACCACCACCACCACCACAACCAUCCUCAUGUAAUGUGCAUUCCUCCAACGUUUUAGUUGUUCAGACUCACUACUACUACUACUACUACUACUACUACCUUUACUAUUACAACUACUACUACUACUACUACUACUACAGCUCAGCUACUAUUACUACGACUACUACUACUACUACUAUUACUCCAACAGCAACAUCAGCCUCUGCAGACUACCACUACUAUUACUACUACUACUACUACAUUCAGCAGCAGCAGCAGCAGCAGAAACAUUACAACUACUACAACUACUACUUCUACAGACUAAUUAUAAACCUUCAAUUGUGCUGUGUAACGAAGGUGUUUAAUUAAUUCUUCAUUGAUUCAGUGUCAAUAAUUAUUUCUUUCUCAUCAUU